UCAAAGCUAUAUCCUAACCUAAAAAGCUUACACAAAAUAACCUAUAAAUUCAUUAAUAAAUAUUACAUUAUUGUUAAUCUAGUUUAGGCUGUUUUGAAUAAUAUUUAUAUUAUUUUGGUAUAUUCAUUCUAUUACUAAGACUUUCUUGUUGUGCUAUUAAUAUUAUAUUAGUUUUUGUUCUGUUGAGUUGAGUAAAACUUUUCAAAAAUGAAUGAAAGACAGAUUCUGGUAUUGUAUGGAAGUCAAACCGGCACUGCUCAGGAAUUAGCUGAAAGAGUAUGGAGGGAAUCGAAACGCUUUCACUUCAAAGGACCUGUGAUGGCAAUGGAUGAAUAUCCAAUAAAGCAACUGAUCAACGAGCCGCUUGUGAUUUUUGUUUGUUCAACGACAGGACAGGGCGAUCAACCAGAUAAUAUGAAAAAUUUUUGGAGAUUUCUCCUGAGAAAAAGCCUGCCUUCUGAUUCACUGCAGAAUUCUAAAUUUGCGGUUCUGGGUCUCGGAGAUUCUUCAUAUGUGAAGUUCAAUUUUGUAGCGAAGAAGCUGCAUCGCAGGCUGAUCAGUUUGGGCGGCGAAUCGCUGUGUGACGUGGGAUUGGCUGAUGAACAGCAUGACCUCGGCGCAGACGCAGUAGUUGAUCCUUGGCUUGAGUCGCUGUGGAAAAGCCUGCUUGUCCUCUAUCCAUUGCCCAGUGGCGUUCAAACUUUGGAUUCGUCAAUCAUUUUUCCAAGAUGGGAUGUGACUAUUUUGGAUGAUGCCUCUGAAAUGAAGGAAGAUAAUACGUUUUUAAAUUGGGAUACUACAGAAAGUGCCUAUUCUACAAGUGUAUUAUCAAACGAUCGUACUACAGCUCUGGACCACUUUCAGGAUGUUAGACUCAUUAAGCUUCACUGUCCUGGAGUUGACUACAAACCGGGUGAUGUUGCAGUUAUUCGACCUCAUAAUUUUGAUUCAUCUGUGGAUCGCUUAAUCAAACUAUUAUCAGAAAGGAAAUGUCCUCCGAAAUUGACGAGACUUUCACAUAUUCAGGUUGUGCAGAGGGAUACAGACAUGCCUAUACCUGAACCUUUGCGAAAACCUAUAACGGUUGAAGUGUGUGCAAAACAGUACUGGGAUCUUAAUGCUGUUGCUCGAAGGUAUGUUUUCAAUUUAUUGGCAAGUAUAACACCUGACGAGAUGGAAAAAGAGAAGCUGAAUGAACUGUCAAGCGCCGCGGGACAAGAAGAGCUCUACAACUACUGCAACCGACCGAGGCGAACCAUUCUCGAAGUACUCGGCGAUUUCCCACAUGCCAUGGCUAACAUUUCGCUUCCUUUUUUGUUCGAGAUAUUCCAGCCAAUCAGACCUCGAGCUUUUUCUAUAGCAUCUUCACCUUCAGCUCACAAAGAUGAACUUCAUAUGUUGGUGGCCGUUGUCAAGUACCAGACGCGCAUCGUCGCCCCUCGCCUGGGUCUCUGCUCCAACUAUCUGGCAUCGCUGCGCCCGUCUCACAACAUAGGACUACCUGUCUCUAUAAAGAAGGGAUCAUUCGUGUUCCCUUCCAGCGAGAAUGCAACAAUUUUUAUGGUUGGACCAGGCACUGGAAUAGCACCAUUCAGAAGCUUCAUUUCUGAGGGAAUCACUAGUGGAAAAGCAUAUGAAAAUCUGUACCAUUUGUUUUUUGGAUGUAGAAAUCGAAACAAAGAUUUCCAUUUCAAGGAUGAGUUGGAAAAACUGAGUUCUGAUAAGAAGUUAUCUCUCUACACCGCGUUCUCUAGAGAUCAACCGGAUAAAAUGUAUGUGCAGCAUGUUAUUUCGGCUCACGAUAAGGAAUUGUGGAACUAUCUGUCCAAAGAAGAUAUUUUCAUUUUUGUGGCUGGCAAUGCAAACAACAUGCCUACAGCUGUACGUGACGCUUUCAAAUCGAUUUACUGCAAACACGGAGGCUAUAGCAAUGAAGAAAGUGAACAACUAUUCUGUAAAAUGGAGAUGAAUGGACAUUAUCAAACUGAGACUUGGGCAUAGAAUAAUUAGUUUUAUUAUAGACAGUUUAUUUCGAAUCCUAUGAAGGGAAAUGGUGGAAAUAAUUUUACAAUAGUGAGAUUCAAGUUAUCAAGUCAGUAAAAAUAGGACGACAUGGCUGCCAAUUCUAUUUUUCCACCGCCUUCUGUAGAGGAUAGCUGUUAUUCAAGUUAUCCCGGUAUAUCUGAUAAAUUAUUAUAUCUACCAAUUAUGGCCGGGACACACAUAUCCGUACCGAGCCUGCGCCGCGGCACAGCCGUGUGACGGACGUACUACGGCGAGUGAGAAAACAAAUGCUUUCAAACGUGUAGGGACACAUACUACCGCAUCGCGUCAGCUCCGUCACCGUGUUUGUUGCCCGAGCCGUGCCCGCGCCGUCACCGACUAUUUCAGUUUACUUUUUGACGGAGACGGUGCGGGCUCGUUUAACAUUGAGAGUGAAAAACUUAUUGAUAAGAUACGGAAUUUUCAAGUUUUUUAUGAUCAAAGUGAAGAGAAAUAUGGCUGAACGAAAAAUAAGUUAAACCAAAAGUAAAAGUAUAAUUAAAUAUUAAGUCAAGCCAAAGGUAUGAUAGACAUAAUAUAAUGAAUAAUAAAAUGAACAACAAAAAGUAUAAAAGAAGGAACCCGUGACUGUGUCUUAAGUUUUAAAUUUAAAACUAAUUACGUUUAGAUACAUAAGGCAAAAGAUAACAAUUUUAUUGCUGAUAUAUGUAUAUUUCCGAUACAUGACUGAUUGUGGUAUUGUUAUGCACCGAAAUACAUACCAGCACUGUGAUUCUCAUCGUCUACAGGUAAUUAGUUUAAAGGUUCGUACCCACUAGAACAUAUCAUACCAUGACCGUGCCCAUACCGACACAUGCAAAAAAAUAUUCUUUGCAUCAUUUGAUAUGUAAUACACCCAUUAGACCGUUCCGUCACCGGCCAAGCACGGAGCGUGCCAUGCACGUCCAGGUCAACAUUUGUCGGCCAGUAUAUUUUGUCUGUGACGUAACGCUCCUUGCAUGGUACGUGACGCCUGCAAACCCCGUUGUAACCGGGGUUUUAAAUUUUUUUUAAAAUAAAGUGAUAAAGUUACUACUUACCAGGUUGUUUCAUCUGAUCUUCUAUAUCCUUCCAUGCUACAUCUUUCUUGGUGGCAUCCAUGUACUACUAGCAUGGAAGGAUAUAGAAGAUGAAACAACCUGGUAAGUAGUAACUUUAUCACUUUAUUUUCAUUUGUAAAGCUAUUCCUUUUGACAUUUUCACAUCCAUUAAUAAUAAUAACAGCAUUUUGCAAACAAAUAUAUUAAAUCUUUCACAAAAUCAUAUUUUUAGAAGUCAGACUCCACAGUGCUGUAGAAAACAAUACAAUUUUUACAGUAUUGUCUUGUUUUACAAAACGAGACAAUAAAUAUUAACACAAAACCACAUACGAGAGACAUAAACAUAUAUUGUUUGCAUCUAAAAAAAAUCAUAUAUGCCUAUUAUACUACAAAGUUGAUUUUUCAGUAACCAAUUACAGUACAAAUUAUCGUUAAAUCUUUGACAAAGUCAUACUUUUUAUGUUUGAUUGACUGUACAUUUUAUCUUAUUUUUUGUUAUGUUUUGUUGAAAUUUGUUAUGUUAUGUUAAGCCCAGUCUCAACAGUUUGGAAGAAAUUCACGAAUUGACUGUGUAUCCUACUACAUUUGUAUCCUGUGUAUCCUUCUAUCCUUCUACCUUCCAUGCUACAUCUUUCUUGGUGGCAUCCAUGUACUUCGGAUGUUGUAGAUUAUAGAGGAAUUCGUAUUUACGAACACAUUCUAUCAACAGUUCGUCAUUCAUUUUCAUACAAAACGAAUGAAGGCACACAAAUGACAAAGGCACACAAAGAGCAACUACUACAACUAGCAAGUAGCAACUAACUAGGUACUUUACCACAAUGGUGUCUACACUGGUUACCAACGCGGCGCAUGCGCGGUUACAACGGGGUUUGCAGGCGUCACGUACCAUGCAAGGAGCGUUUCGUCACAGACAAAAUAUACUGGCCGACAAAUGUUGACCUGGACGUGCAUGGCACGCUCCGUGCUUGGCCGGUGACGGAACGGUCUAAUAGGUGUAUUACAUAUCAAAUGAUGCAAAGAAUAUUUUUUUGCAUGUGUCAGUACGGGCACGGUCAUGGUAUGAUACGUUCUAGUGGGUACGAACCUUUAAAUUGAAAAAUAUAAAUUUAAAUCGGAUGUAACAAGCUUUAAUAUUGAUAUAUUAUUAACAAUAGUUUAGCACAAUCAGAAAUCAGACCACAGUAGUAGCACUACAGAACUGAGAAAAUGCUGCCGCUCGGCUGUUGCACGGAUAUGACUAUGUGUUCUCCUACCAUCAUCACCGUGUCGCGGACGUAGCUCGGCCGUACCUCGGCACGGGCUCGGUGCGGUUUUAUGUGUCCCGAUCUUCAACAAUUAUUAUUGUUGAUUAUUCUUAGUAAUUAUCAAUUCUAUCUCAAUUCUAUCUCAAUUUUUUUCGGAUCAUGAGCCUUUUUUGGUUGUGUGUGGUUAAUGGAAAGAGCAUUAGUGAAUUGAGCAUUAGAUGAUCAAACGUCCAUGCCAUCGGCGGGAUUCGAACUCAUGAACCAGGCUAGCAGACCAGGUGCUAGCAGACCGAAGUUUGAACGCUCCUUAGCACUCGACUAACCCGGCCGGCUAAAUUUUUCAAUUAUUUAAUAACUUUUCGUAAUUAUUGAGAUGAAAUAUUCUGGUAGUCCAUUGUAUUUCUUUAUAGCAUACAAAGAUAAGGCAACAGUGCGGAGCUAGAAAAGGAUGAAGCUAUCUGCUUUGCCUAAUGACAGACAUGGAUAGCAAACCAAUGUUAAUCAGGUGUUAUCUUUAUACCGUGAAUAUAACUAUAGAUAGGCCUAUUAGUCUUACAAUAGAAUAUUUAUGUCGAUGUUUCAAUAAAUUAUGGUAUUAUUUAUAGAAAAAA